AUGACAUUCAGUAACCUUUGGGCUGUAAUGUGGUGCGCGCUGGCGCUGGUCUUGGUGGCCGCCUGCUCGGCCUUCCCGCAGGAGGACAGACGCCGCCUCCUCUUCAGCAUCCGCAACCGACCCAACAUUCUCAGUCGCCGCAACUCGAGGACGUCCACGACCGAAUCCCCCGAAGAACCGACGACCACGACCCCAGCCCCCGCUGCCGCCGAAGCCGCCUCCGACGCCCCCUCCCACUCCACCAGGCGGCUGCCGCCUCUGCGCCGCCCGGGCAUUCGCUUCGGCCUCCGCCCCGGCUCGUCGCUCAAGAACAAGCUAGAGCAGCAGCGAGCGGAGAAGGAGGAGGAGCAGAGCGAGCCUGUCGUCGUAUCGCAGCCCCAGCCUGGACAGGAGUUCGCAUCGGAGGCUGAGGCGAGCGCCUCGGCGACGUCCCCGGUGGCCAGUGGCGAGAGCACGAGGCCCGAGCCCGAGGUCCUGACCAAGCCCGUCCCCGGCCAGGAAUUCGUGGCCUUCCAGGCAUCCCAGCCCUCGGCGCAGGACUCCGUCGUUGCAGGAGAUGGCGGCGAAAUCCUGUACGUCAGUCUGGACAGCGCCCCAGAGGUAGCGGCCCCUGCAAUCACCGAGGAGCACCUGGAGCAGGACGUCCAUGCUGCCCAGGAAAACGGAACGGACGGCUUCGACUCCUUCCUGCUGACACCCGAUGAACUCCUUCCCGUCAUUGGCGACCUCGAGCCCGUGACCGACUACCCCGACUACGACUACGUGACGGAAAUCCUGGAGGAAGUGGCCGCCACGGAGCUGCCCCAGGAAGAGGUCCUUGCCGUCACCCCCGCGCCCACCAAGAACGUCACAGCCUUGGAGCCUGAAGUCGAGACUCUAAUUUCGGUCGUGACGAGUCUCCCCACCAAGGUCGAGGGCGAGAGCACGCACGUGGAGCACCACACCGAGUUCGAGCAGAGCGAAGCGGGAGCAGAGAACUACACCCUCAGCCACGACGCCUUCGCCGAGCAGUUCUUGCCAAACAUUCCCCAAGCUGAGGUCCCUUCGGAAGACUUCCCUGCUGCGGCGGCGAAGUCUAUUCAAGAGGAUGAAUUUUUGUAUGAUGCCGAGCCAGCCACAGAACCCGUGCCCGUGGAAGAGCCUGUGCCUGAGGAGGUCGAGGCUCCUGCUACUGAAGUCGUCCCCGGUGUGGAGCCCGAGCCUGCUGCAGAACCGUCGCCAGUUGAUGAGCACCUUUACCAUGACCAGGAGGCCGCCCUGGAGCCUGAACCUGUCCCUGAAAGCGAGCCUGAGCCAGCAGCAGCUGAGUAUGAGGGCGUCGCCACAGAAAUUCCUGUCGAGACCACCGACUCACCUGUCUUUGCUGAAGAACCCGCUAAUGAGACCAACAUCGAGAUCCUGAGCACGAAGAACCAGCAGAACCCUCCUGUCAACGACCUCUACGGCAAGUACUUCGACGAGAGCGACCUCGACUUCGGCAAGGGAGCCAACGACAACGACAAGCUCCUCUUCCCCGCCGAGACAGAGCAGAAGGUCCGUAGCAAGAUCGAGAUUAAGGAAGUCAAUGGGCAGCUCUAUGAAUACGAGUACCUUUACUACUAUGACGACGAGUAUCCCCUCUACGACUAUGAGUAUUCAUCUCCCGUUGAUGUAGAACCCGCAGACGCUGAUGCCCCUGCCACGUCGUCUACCUCUACCUCAACCACGACGAGCAGCACCACAACCACAACCACCACAACACCACCUCCUACCACAACUACUACUACGACCACCACCACUACCACAGAACGGCCCUCACGCGGAAACACACGGCUGAGCAGCAGAACCAACAGCCGAAGCAGCAGCAGGGAAAGCUCCCGAACUAGCAUCAGGGAUAACAUCAGAGAAAGCAGCAGGGACAGCACCAGGGAGAGCGCAAGAGACAGCAACAGCAGAGGCAGCAGCAGGACCAGCACCAGGACCAGCAACAGGGGAAGCAGCCGGCAACAAGUAGCGGAUUCCCAGGAGGCGAACUUCAUCGAGCCAGUCAGGUCCUCCGGCCGCUCCCGAGCCAUCGACUCCGGCUCCUCCUCCAGGUCCUCUUCUCUCCGAGGCAGAAGCAGCUUCCGGUCGCGCGAGCAGGACGUGAACAGCAUCGACAACGGCGUCCAGUCGGUCACCGUAGAAGAGGACAAGCUCCCCGCCCAUACCCGCUUCCCUCCCCGCACGCCCGUCACCACAACACCGACCGUGCCCGAACGAGAGCCACUCUUCCAGGAAUCCUCGCGCCUCGGCAUCGAUGAGCACAAGCAGGUUCCUCUCGUGCCCGAAGUCACAGGACUCCAGAGCUCCCACGAACUCCAGACGUCCCGCGGCGCCAGGGUGUUCGACGCAGAAGUGCCCGAAGUGGAGGCCGAAGUGGCGGACACGAUCUAUGACGAGAUCACCACCGAGGAGGUUCCCACGACCACUUUUCUCCCCUCUGCUCUGUCUCUCGUAAACCUCUACGCCUUCUCUCGCGCUGCCGACGCUGAAGACAUGGGUGAAGUCACCACUGAGAUCCCACAGUCGCCAGACUACGAGACUGAGAUUCCAAUCGAUUACUACUACUACGACUACGAGAGUGGAGCCGCCACCGACUACCCCGCCUUGACCGAGGCUGUUACUGAGCCCACCGAACCACAGGCAGAACCUGAACCUGAGCCAGAACCCAGCACUGAGGAACCAACCACUACCUCGACCACGACCACUACUACCACCACUACCACCACCACAACUACAACACCUGAGCCUACCACAACCACCACCGCCAGGACACGUGGCUUCUCCAGGACUAACGUUGGAUCGCGUUUCAGCAGCCGCGUCCGAGGCAGCCGAUUCCAGCCUUCCAGCACCACCACCACAACCGAGGCUCCCGCCGAAGAGUCCACGCAGACCAGGUCCAGGUUUGGCGGCUCUCGGUUCAGCAGCAACAGGAACCGCUUCAGCUCCAACCGUUUCAGCACCAACCGCUUCAAGUCCCAGUCGUCCACAGACAAACCCGCCGAGGAGGAGGGGGAGGAGGCUGCAUCUGAGGCCUCUGUGGACAGCACGACUGAAAGGAGUGGAGGCUUCAGGAACAGAUUCAACAAGCCCAGAGUCAGUUCCUUCAGGAACCGUGGAGUCACGAAGAAGGACAACGAAGUAACAGAACCCACCACUGAAAGAACGGCGACCCGUGCCAGGCCGAGACUGCCAUCCAGGGCAGGUCUCCUUGGCAGCCGAUUCCGCGGGCGUGGAACCACCGCAGCUGCUGCAGCCACCACAGAGCCAACUGAGGACGUCGAGGCCCCUGUAGAAGAGACCGUUGUGGCCGACGUAGAAGCCGAAGCCGAGAGCAGCACAGACACUUUGGAAUCGGUGAUUUCUACCACCGCAGCCCCAGCCCCUGCCAGAGGCAACACCAGGAGACGCCCCAGCAUCAGCAGACACCGCUUUGGAGGUCGUAGGAAGCCUGAAGCUGAAGCAAAGAAAGAGGCUGAGGAAGUACCGGCCGAGGGCGAAGCUCCUGCUGAAGAGGCUGCAGUGGAGGCUGAGGCCCCUCAGGCUGCCCAAGCCCCCCAGGCUCCUCAGGGCCGUCCUGCUCGCCCCUCCCGCACCCGCCCCUCGAGGCCCUCCCUCCUGAGAGCCAGGACGAACCCCCGGCACCGAGGCGGCGCCCGCACGGAGGCCCCGGCAGAGGAGGCAGCAGCCCCGGCCGAGGAAGCGCCUGUCGACCCAGCGCAGCAGCAGACCGACGUCCAACACACAGCAGAAGAAGUCGUGGCAGGCGAAGGGGCUGAGCAGGAUCCCGCCGCUGCCGCGGAGGAGGAAGCGGCCGCCGACGAGCCUGCAGACAAGCGUCGCCCCGGAGUCGGAAUCGGAGGCAAGAGGCGCGUCAUGCUCAACCGCUUCAACAAGAACCGCAGCUCCGCCCCCAGCAGCACCACGACGCCGCAGCCCAAGCGCGCCCCGUCGUCCAACAACCGCCGCACGGCACUCACGUCGCUCUUCAACCGAAGGAACCGCCGCCCCGGAAGAAGGAACAAGGGAGCCGCAGAGGAAGAGCCUGCUGCAGAGGAGCCCGUAGACGCCGCAGAGCAGGAAGCGCCCGUCGAGGAUGACAAUCAAGUAGCAGAAGCCCAGCUGGCCGCCGUGGAGGAGCAGGUCGUGGCGGAGGAGCCCGUCGUGGAGUCGGAGGCGCCCGCAGAGGAGGCCGCCGAGGAAGGAGGUCCUAAGCGCGGCCGGACACGCCCCGGCCUCAGCUCGCUCUUCAACCGGCGAAGGAGACUCAACCGGAGAAGAGAAGAGGAGUAGAGCGGAGGUGGAAGAGGCACCGUAACUGAUCGCCACCUCUUCCUCUGUUCCACGAAGGAGGAAGCGGAAAGGACAUGAUAACGACGACGAUGGAAGGGAGAAGGAAGACAGAAGGAAGAGUGUGUUUUCGUGUCCGGUCUUCGUGUUCGUUCCCGUCUUCUUCCUUGGGAGUCGGGAGAAGGAGAGAGAUUUAGAGAAGAAGAAAAUCUCUCUACGUUUUUUAUAUAUAAUUCUCUUUCUUUCUCUCUCUCUCUCUUAUUUUCUUUCUUCUUCUCUCGAAAUCCCAGUUUCCGGUCCGUCCCUUCCCAUCUAUACGAUAGAAAACCCAAGAAAACAAAUGAACGAUGUCAACAGAGAAAAAAAAAACAAGAGAACAUCGCUCAUGACGGAACAAUUUCCUUAUUUCACCGUCACUUUUCUUUUAUUUUUCGUCAAUCAACCUUUUUCCCUUCAUAUUCAUCCUUAAAAUCGUUCUCACCUUCCAUAUAUAUAAUUUUUCUUUGAAUGAAGCAAAGAAAACCUUCAUUGAGUGAAACGCGUGGUCACUUCACCCAAAGAAACCGAAUUGCACUCAUAUAAGAUAUUUUCUCACGGCCACGCUCUAAGAAUCCCACCUUGACUUAAUUAGGUUAGCAUCGGAAUCAGACGAUCGGUUAAUAAAGUAAAUAUAGUGAUAAUUCAUACAUUCUGCUCUUCAAUCAUCAAGAACAUAAGAAACGUUUUUUUUAAUGUUAGUAAUAUGCUUUGUUUUAUUUUUCUUUCUUUUAUUUUCUUUCGUUGCAUAUGUAUAUCCUGAUCCCAUAUCUCACUCCUGGGACUGAUGAAAAAAAUAAUCGUUAUUUUGCCUUGUGAUAUAUCUACAAACAUCUUUUCUUUCUCUUUUCUUUUUGUAUUGUAUCUAUAUAUAUCUUUUUUUUUCUCCCGUCCCACCUACCUCCCUCCCUUCCCCUUACCCAUGUGCUCCCCCCUCCCCCUCCCCCCCUCCUUGUAGAUAGCAGUUUCAUUUGAAUCUAUUUAAUUUGUAAACUGUAAAUAUUUUGUAUCUGUUUAUGUUUACUUUCUUUUUUUAUCUUCUUCUACAAGGGGAAAAUUACUGUUUAGUUUAGUGAAGUAAUUCAUCCCCCCCCCCUUUUUUUAGUCUUUAAUGACGUAUAUAUAUAUAUAAUCACACGUGAUUCGUUAUAUAAUAGGAAAAUAGGUAAUUGGUUCCUUAAAACAGUUUUCAAAAUAUUUUUUUCACUUCCAUCAGACUCUCGAAUUCUAAAAAAAAAAAAUAAAGAAAAUAUACUGCAGUAGUAAACAGAUAAUUUUGGCCGAUUUUUUUUGCAUUCAGUUAAAAAUAAUUUCCUAACUCAUUUUUCGGCUUCAAAGAUUUGGCCAUUCUUAUUGACAAAUCUUUGUAUGCCAAGACUGAGUGACUUGACGAAUGAAACUAGCUUUGUUCAUAAUUAAACCCCUUUUUGACCUCUGCGAGUGUCUCUCAUCGUAAUAUUGGAAUAGUCACCCCUCGGAAAAUAUAAAACGUUUUCUCUCUCCUCAGAAACAUUAACACAGACUCUUUUGUACAAUUCGUCUUUGUAUAUCACUUAAAACAAGAAAAAAAAAUCCAUAAUUGGUGAAUUCGGCAUUGAUCUUAGAACAAAAUAUUAAGAAUAAAAUUAUAUGAAUAUCUAAAAUCCUGCUCACGGAGGAGAAUUUUCAAAAAAGUCCCUCUACCGCGCUUGUCGUGUGAGAAAUAAACGAUUCUGAGCCUAAUGUACAGUUUUAUAUAAUAAUGCUAAUGAUAAUUGCUCACGAGCGCCCACGAAAGAACCAACCGACCGGCGCUGGGAUAGAGGACCCCCCCCCCCAAUCCCCCCCCCCCCCCACCCUUCCCUCCACGUGAGCUGGAUGAAGCUCCGCCCACAUCUUGUAUCUAGUGGGCGUGGCUUGUCAACAGCCCCGCCUUCCACUCUCUGUAUCUAUCUAUAUAUAUGUAUGUUCGUUUAGGAAAUAUGAUAAGAGAAGGCGGGGUUACUAGCUCGGAGUCAAACUCUGGGUGGUGCCAAUAUCUCUUCAAGUCUGUGUAUAGUGCCUUUGUAAAUAAACAAUGUGGUUACUCUAUUGCUUGAAA